UCCAUUGCUUCCCCACAGGGAAUGUGGGCUUUUAGCACAGCUAACAUCUGCCGUGUCUUGGCCUCUACUUCCGUUACUGUAAGACGGUGCCUGAGGUUGGGGGUGGCCAUGGCCAAGAGCAAGUUUGAGUACGUGCGGGAUUUUGAGGUUGAAGACACUUGCCUGCCACACUGCUGGGUUGUGGUGCGGCUGGACGGCCGCAAUUUCCACCGGUUUGCUGAGAAGCACAACUUUACAAAACCCAAUGACAGUCGUGCUCUCCAGCUGAUGACCAGAUGUGCCCAGACAGUAAUGGAGGAGCUGGAGGACAUUGUGAUUGCUUAUGGACAGAGCGAUGAGUACAGCUUUGUGUUCAGGAGGAAAAGCAAUUGGUUUAAAAGAAGAGCCAGUAAGUUCAUGACUCUUGUGGCCUCCCAGUUCGCCUCCAGUUACGUGUUUUACUGGCGAGAUUACUUUGAGGACCAGCCCCUUCUGUAUCCCCCAGGAUUUGAUGGAAGAGUUGUGUUGUAUCCUAGCAACCAGACCUUGAAGGACUACCUCAGCUGGCGACAGGCAGACUGUCAUAUCAAUAAUCUCUAUAAUACAGUUUUCUGGGCCCUUGUCCAGCAGGCCGGGCUAACGCCAGUCCAAGCUCAGCAGAGAUUAAAGGGAACCCUGACAGCAGACAAGAAUGAGAUUCUCUUCUCUCAGUUCCACCUCAACUACAAUGACGAGCCACACAUGUACAGGAAAGGGACAGUAUUGGUGUGGCAGAAGGUAGAUGAAGUCAGGACACAAGAAGUUAGGCUGCCCGCGGAAAUGGAAGGGGAAAAGAAGACUGUGACUCGGACCAGAACCCGGCUGGUGGCCUUGCACUGUGAUCUCAUUGGGGAUGCUUUCUGGAAGGAACACCCAGAGAUUCUGGAGGAAGAGAGCUGAUCUUGCACUCUGCAGUUCUGGCACACUUAGUCAUGCAGGGCUCCCCGAGUCUCUCCGCUUCUCCCCUUCGGUGGCUUGAGCAUCCCUAAGCCCCAAGAACACGACAAGAGGCAACAUGACUGGAGUUG